AUGAGUUCAGUGUGGAAAAGAUUGCAGAGGGUGAACAAGAGAGCUGCCAAGUUCCAGUUCACCGUCUCUUAUCAUGAACUUACUCUCGAGACAACAUCUAAAUGGAGACCCAAUAAAUUGAGUGUUGUUUGGACAAGGAGAAGUAGAAGAGUUAGCUCAGACCCGCUAGAAUGGGAGCCUUGUUUGAGUGAUCCAAUGAUCGGAAUAGUCAGUUGGGCUGUUCCUGAUAACCACACUGUGUCCGUGACACUUUUUAAAGACCCACGUACUCAUGAGCUAGAGGAUAAGGACUGGACUUUUGUUAUUGAAGAUGUCUCUCCAACGGGAAAAAGAAGGCACGUCGCGGCAACAAAUAUUAAUAUGAAGAAAUAUGCGACCCUGGAAUCAAGUCAGCAACAGCUCAAAUUAGAUCUCAAACCAACGUCGAAAAAAAUAGUCCGUGCUACGUUGGAGUGCACGUUAUCGUGUGUGUUCCUACGAGAAGGCAAAGCUACAGAUGAGGAUAUGCAGAGUAUGGCCAGCUUGAUGUCUGUAAACAAUAACAGCGAUAUAGCGCCUUUAGAUGACUUUGAUAAUGAAGAUAUCCCUGAGGAUGUCGAGGAGUUAUCGCUAAAGAAUUUAGACGAAAUUCUUGAUAUUUCAACGCAACUAGAAAUGAUGACGAAUAGUCUGACUGAAAACGAAAUGCCAAGUACUCCGAUAAGCGUGGCUAGCUUAGUUAAAGACGAUGCAACACCGGUAAACGAUCAAGUUAGUGUAACACGUGAUGUCAGUUUAACGGCUAUCCCUGAUAAUAUCAAGGACAGAUCGCCUAUUAAAGAUGAGAUCGCCGUUGAAAACGAUAAAAACGCUUCAAUGAGAUCAAAGCUACAACCAUUGGACUUGAAAAAAAAUGAAACAUGUGCACCACGUAUGCGAGAAAUAACACCGGGUCAAGAUCUUUUAGAGUGGUGUAAAGAUGUUACACGUAAUUAUUCAGGCGUUAAAGUAACAAAUCUAACGACGUCGUGGCGUAAUGGAAUGGCGUUUUGCGCAAUAAUUCAUCACUUUAGACCUGACCUUAUCGACGUGGAUUCAUUGUUGCCGCAUGACGUCAAGGGUAAUUGUAAAAAGGCAUUUGACGCGGGGGAAGCACUCGGUAUUCCACGUGUUAUAGAACCAGCUGACAUGGACAUACUAACUGUACCGGAUAAGCUAGCGGUAAUGACGUAUUUGUACCAAUUAAGAGCCCAUUUUACUGGUCAUGAAUUAGAGGUUCAUCAAAUCGGUAAAACCGCAGACGAAUCAUCGUAUAUGAUUGGUAGGUUCAAUACGGACAAUAAUUCCGAGGUGAGUGUACAAUUAUUUGGUCAAGAGAUCAUUAAUAUGCGGAAAAAGGAAAAUAUUGAGCAGAGAAGCAAUAAAAGUGGUGAUACUAAUACAAACAGACGGUCUAAUCCGUUUGAUUAUAAAAGAGAUGAAACUUGUGGUGAAUCGCUGAAAAAUAAAUUACACCUUAGUUUAAAUACUGAUAUUCAGGAUAAUGAACCAGGUAAAGAUAAAUCACCGUCUAGUGUUAAAGACGUCAAGGACAUUAUUCUCGCAAGUUCGAAAAGUAUCUUGGGAAAAGUUUUAUCGCCGACUAAAGAAAAAUAUACCAGAGAAAAGAGUAAAUCUCCACCACGGUCACUUCACGUUCAACAGCGUCCAAUUCUCAUGACGAGACGUCAAUUAACGGAUCCAUUUGGAUCUGAUGAUGAAGACGAAAAUAUUCAAGUUGUUGACGACAAGUGGUCUCAAUCGAUUUCUAUCACCAAGUCACCGACCUCUCCACGAGACGAAAUAAUUGAUCGAGCUAUUCGAGCUAAUUCAGAAGGUCCUCGUGGUCUCUCUCCAUUGCACGGCGAAUUACGAUCACAGCAUCCGCUGGUCACUCGACAUGACGAGCUGAGAGAGCGUGCACGACAACUCUUGGAGCAAGCCAGAAGUCAAUCUAAAACAUCAGCAAUGUCUUCGCCAGUUUCAAGUCCCAUUGAUUCUGAAUAUAAUGGAAAUAUACUGGCUAAUGCCAGCGCUAUUGAUAGUGAUAAAAAAAAUAAUUCACCUAUGUAUUCUUACAAUAAAAUAAUCGAGAGAAUUUCACCUGAUAAAAUUAGCCCGGAAAAAAGCCCACAGACAAUUCGAGGGCUGGGUAAAGAUAUGACGUCUUACAUCCAAAAUGAAUUAGAGGCUUUAGAAAGAGAACAAACCCAAAUAGACAUACAGGCGGCGAAACUUGAAAAACAAUUACGAGCCGCAAUGGAGAGUGAUAAUGAAGAAGACACUGAACGACUCAUGUCACUAUGGUUCACGCUUGUUAAUAAAAAGAAUGCUUUGUUAAGACGGCAAAUGCAGCUUAACAUUUUAGAAAAAGAAGAUGACCUGGAACGACGUUUUGAAUUAUUAAAUCGUGAGUUACGAAGUAUACUUGCUGUUGAGGAUUGGCAAAAAACAGCCGAGCAGAAAGUAAGAGAAAAUCUUUUACUUGAAGAACUAGUUUCUAUCGUUAAUAAAAGAGAUGAACUGGUCCAUCAUUUAGAUACGCAAGAAAGAGCAAUCGAAGAUGAUGACGAGAUCGAACGUGAUUUAUCACGUGCUGGUUUAGCGCAACGAAAUAAAAAUUGCGUGAUACAGUGA